GUUGGUUGUGGAUCUGUCUCUCUCUCCGCCACUCCACUUUUCCCUUUAUAAAACUCCGCUCCAGUCUUCCCCAAUUCCAACUCUCUACUCUCUCUCUCUCUCUCUCCUCUUUUGGGUUCUCUCUUCCUCGCUCUACACAUUUGAAAGAAUGGAUUGUUCUUCUGCAACUGCGAGAAGGCCUUAUUUCAUCGACAAAGACGACGGGUUGGUCUCUUUGGUGGAUGUGGAAGCUGGAUUUUCUGGGAGCCAGCACGGCCACUAUCCGGCGCAAUCUUUCUUCCUCCGGCCGAAGCCUUCCCACGGCGGCGCUCACCGACGCGGUGCGCCUCCGAGGAACCUCUCGGUUUCAUCGCCGCGAUUUUCUGCGAGGUUUUACGACGCCAGAUUUGAAGAUCAUUAUCACCAUUUCUUGGAAGCUUGUUUUCUCUGCAAGAAGCCGCUUGGUGAUAACAAAGACAUAUUCAUGUACAGAGGAGACACUCCAUUUUGCAGCGAAGAGUGUCGUCACAAGCAAAUAGAAACGGACGAAGCGAAGGAGAAGAAGUUGAAUCUGUCUUCGUCCAUCAAAGCCAUGAGAAAAAAAGAUCAAAGAAAAUCCGCUUCCCCCGGCAAGUCCACCGCCACUCACGACUGCCGUUUCCGCACCAGCACGGUGGCAGCUGCCUAGAUCGAGGAAGAAUCGCAAUCUACACAUAUAUAUAUUAUAUAUACAUAGAAAAUAUUCCCGGAAAAGAAAAAGAAAACGAGAUGUGAAGAUCGAAGAGAACCGGGAAGAACAGAGAGAGUUCCACUUUUUGUUUUGUUUUUGUUUUUGGGGGGUUUAAAUUGUUGUUAAGAAAAAUAUGCAACUGUGAAUGAAGGUUGUGGUUGUGGUUGCGGUAGUGGCUAAGUGAGGAAAUCUUGUGUUCCUUUUUUUCUUUACUGGGAUUUGCUCACGUCCAACUGUUUCUUCUCUGUAUUUUGGGGCUGUAUAUUAUAUAUGAGCUUUAUCAAGSGGUGGUGAAGAAAGUCGUGUAAUUUGGCUUUUUUCUUAUAGACGAGGACGAUAACUCUUCUUUUGUUUA